AUGCCCACUAUGCUCUCGAGCCCCUCAGCUACAAAAGCCGUGGAAAAGAACAAAGCUUUGAAUGCGGCCGGUGCUCGCGUGCCCAAUGGCUAUGCUGACUUAGAGAACGUGUUGAAGGAAGUAGACCAGCAUUUGGUGAAGAAAGCCAUCGAUGGUCAGGCGGCUACACUGUCUCAUCCUACGGCCCUUGGUGAAGAAUCGCUGACAUCACGUCGAAAAUCAUGCCAAACCUCUUGC